UCACGUGUUACAAUCAACAUGGCGGACCUUCCUGUUCUAAGCAAACUACUUCGUAUAAGGAGAGCAGCCUCUAUGGUUCUGACAUAUUUUGCGGUUUAAUAGUGUUGUAUGGUUGCAGUUAUCGACACAUUCGGAGAAUAUAUUUCUGAAAAACCAGUUCGACUCUAAGAGACACAGCAAAUGGGCUCGUUUAAACACAUGUAUCGUGGUCAUUUCAUUUUCCUUCUCUGUUGGCUCCAAUAUGUGAGAGCAGGGCUGCCUCCACCACAGAAUGUACACUUGAUUACGUUGAACACCCAUUACACGCUGAAGUGGGAUUGGGAUGAGAGCAUUUCAAACGGUCAAGCUGUUUCUUUCUCUGCACAAUGUAUAGGGAAGUUCAAGCUGGAAUCCAAGAAAAGGCACAAAUGGGCCGUAGCCUGUGAUAACACAGCUUACAAGUCAUGUGACCUCUCUGGGUGUGGCAUUCAUUAUCUGGGUGUCUAUGUGCUCCGUGUUCGUGCCAAAAUAAAUGCCAAUUACUCCAACUGGGUGCUGAAAGAAUUUUGUCCUGAUAAGCAUGCUGUAAUCGGUCCUCCAUCAAAAGUGAACCUGGAUCCUGAUGGAAGCAGUCUCAGUGUUUACAUCGUUGAUCCGCUGACCAGUUCAAACCGCUCCAUGAAGAAUGAAAUUUCCAAGUUGUACUACAACAUCUUGUACUGGGAGCACAAUGUAGACACACAGGAAAUAAAACCCCAGAUUUUGAACAGCAAUGUUUCCAUGGUGACUCUGCCAAACCUGAAAUCUUGGACAUGGUACUGUGUGAAGGUCCGGUCACGUUAUGAUCUCUACAAUAAGAGCAGCACGUUUACCUCAGCCAAAUGCGUUCAGACCAAAGGCACUAUCCCAUUGUGGCAGAUAUUAUUGUACUCCCUGGGCUCCUUGGUGAUAGGUUUUGUGGUUGUGCUGCCCCUCUUAUAUAUUUUAUUGAAGUUCUUCAUGACCUUGAAGGCAACUCUCUACCCCAUGAUCCAACUUCCGCCAUUCUUUCAAGAGUAUCUUCAUGACUCCUUUGGAUCGGAUACUCCUUGUCUACUAUCCCUGGGCUCAGAAGCAGAGCUUUUUCGUGAUAAAGUAACAAUAUGUGCAAAACGUCCAGAAUUUUCCUGUCUUCCCUUGGAGGUACCGACUGUGCUCACCUCAGGCCUGGAAUCAGAUAGCAGUGGUCGAUGUAGUCAUCAGAAUAAAAGAAGAAGCAACGACUCUGGCGUUUACUCCACAGAAAGCAGCUGCAGCCAGCAGCGGAGCAACAACAUUCAGUCCUCUUCAGGUGCCAAAAUCUGGUCCCAGCCAACAGAAACCAACCCCCCUGCCACAGGAAGGACCAGAGUUUCCUAGCUGGUUUAGAAUAAAUAAAUGGGAGGCUACUGUUAAUGCUUUCUAGCAUGAUAUGCAGCAGUGACUGCCUCUUAUGUCAAAGAGGAGUAAAUUAAAGGGAAAAACUGUGAAACGCAGGGGACUGGGCACACAGCCGUUGGAGAACAAGUGCUGAGGUUCAGGGCCAUGGACAUGUGGUGACCCACUCAAACCCUCUGGCUGCGACCAACCAAGACAUUUUGGAUCCACAUGGACACGCAAGUGUGAAAAACCCAGGUCCUUCAGUUUGACCACCAGUAUGUGGGGGAGGAUGGGGUGUCAUGCAGUAUUGAGAAGCAAAACAAGACGUGUUUACAGAGAGAGAGGUCCACUCAUUGCUCCCUUCCUGAUCUCAUAUUUUUUAGCAGCAAUAACUGCAAUCAAACGUUUCUGAUAACUUGCAAUGAGUCUCUCACAACGCUGUGGAGGAAUUUAGGCCCACUCAUCUUUGCUGAAUUUUUGCAUGUGGGACAUGUCUGUCUUGACAUACAUUUUUUGCGGCAGUUUCUAAAACAUCAUUACUAAAAUUUGAAAUAAAAAGGAGGGAAUUGUGAGAUAGGACCGUUUUUGUUGUUUGUGCAUAUAACUAAAAAAAUGGUCAGAGCGCUUGGAAAGAUUCGAAUCACAAUAUCACAGCAUAUCAUAAUCACAAUACUUGGUGGUGUCACUGUGGUUCGCUGAAGUCCCAAACUAUCAAAAUGGAUUUAUAACGUCUUCCAGGCUAAUGUCAAUCACUUAAUUUAUGUUUCAAGGAUGGAGGAGAUUUCAUACAGGGCCAUGUAGGUUUGGAUUUAUUUUCCCUCCCUUAUUAAUACGUUUUAUUUAAAAACUGCAUUUUGUGUUGUCAUUGACAAAUAUUUAAAUUAGUUUGAUCUGAAACACUUGUGACAAACAAAAAAAGGAAAUCAGGACGGGGGCAAACACUUGCAUAUUUUUGCACAGGGUUUGUUUGUACAAUACUUGGCAGAUUGAAGUGAAUAGUGCAUGUCAUUGAAUGAAUUUGCUCCAGUGUGAUGCAUGAAGACCUAUCAACAAUGAACACUUAUCUUCCGUGUCAGACAUAAUGAAAAUAAUGCUAAGAAAACCUGUCUGAUUGUAUUCUUACACCAAAUCAGUCUGAAACAGCAUGAAUACAUUCUUGUAUGUGUGCUUCAUCGUUUAGCUGCACUUUUUGGCAACAUGUGAGCUCAAUUCAAGGUUGAUGGCUCCCGCAGCCCUGGAGCCCGCCGUUGCUGGAUAUUCUUCCAGGUGAAAUGCCUUGCCCUCUUAGCCAUGGUGUUGAUCAGGAGAACUGGGUGAAUGAGUCCAGGGACUGUCAUGGGGCAGCAGGGACAGUGAGGCAGGCUGAGGUGCGUGUAGGUUCCAUUUUUGCUUUCUUGCAACAGAGCUUUGUAAUCUUAAUGGUGUAC